ACAUUGAGUUUUACUGUCAGUUGUCAAGAUGUCAAACUGUGUCAAACUUAAAGGUCACCUUGAUAAAGUUCACCUUCUCCGGCAUUCAAACAUAAAGAGUAACAAUUGUUUGAAAAUUUAAAUAUUACUUAUAAAGUGUUUUGGUGAUCUAAAUUUCAAGAAAAAUGGAUGGAUCAUCCACUCAAAGAUUUAUUGAGCGAGGCUCUCAUAAAGGGAAGGGUCUCGCAGUUUUUACAAGCGGUGGCGAUUCACAGGGAAUGAACGCCGCUGUGCGUUCUGUAGUGCGAAUGGGCAUCUAUUUAGGAUGUAAAGUAUAUUUUAUUCGUGAGGGCUAUCAAGGUAUGGUUGAUGGUGGAGACAACAUUGAAGAAGCUAAUUGGUCAUCAGUUAGCUCAAUUAUUCAUAAAGGUGGUACCAUCAUUGGAUCAGCUAGAUGUAUGGAUUUUAUAAAACGAGAGGGACGUCUUAGUGCUGCUUACAACUUAGUAACAAGAGGUAUUACUAAUUUGGUAGUAAUUGGAGGUGAUGGUUCACUUACUGGAGCCAAUCUAUUCCGACAAGAGUGGUCCAGCUUGCUUGAUGAAUUGCUACAAAACAAUAGAAUCACUAAAGAUCAAAGAGAAAAAUAUAAGUUCUUACAUAUUGCGGGAAUGGUUGGAUCAAUCGAUAAUGAUUUCUGUGGAACAGAUAUGACAAUCGGUACAGAUUCAGCAUUGCAUCGUAUUAUUGAAGCUAUUGAUGCAAUUGUUAGUACCGCAUAUUCUCAUCAAAGGACUUUUAUCAUGGAAGUUAUGGGCAGACAUUGUGGCUAUCUGGCAUUAGUGGCCGCUCUGGCGAGCGAAGCUGAUCAAGUUUUCAUUCCCGAAGACCCUGUUCCCAAUAAUUGGGUUGAAAAACUUUGCAAACGCUUGCAACAGGAACGUAAAUCUGGUCAACGUUUGAACAUUAUCAUCGUCGCGGAGGGAGCGAUUGACCGCGAAGGUAAGCCGAUCACUGCGGAGCUAGUGAAGAAGGUGGUGGUGGAAAACCUUCAGCAGGACACCCGCAUCACGGUCCUCGGUCACGUGCAGCGUGGAGGAUCACCUUCUGCUUUUGAUAGAAUUUUGGGAUGUCGAAUGGGGGCCGAAGCUGUAAUGGCUCUAAUGGAGGCCACACCUGAAACAGAGCCGUGUGUGGUAACCUUAGAUGGAAAUCAAGCAGUACGACUACCGCUUAUGGAAUGUGUGCGUCGUACUAAGGCGGUCGCUCAGGCUAUGGCAGACAAAAAUUGGGACCUCGCAGUGCAACUGCGCGGGCGUAGUUUUGCGAGGAACUUGGAAACAUACAAGAUGUUGACUCGCCUUAAGCCUCCUAAGGAAGCUUUCGAUGCAUCUGGAAAACCUGCAGAGGGGCUGACGCUGGCCGUGAUGCACGUGGGCGCGCCCGCGUGCGGCAUGAACGCGGCCGUGCGCUCGUUCGUGCGCAACUGCAUCUACCGCGGGGACACCGUGCUCGGCAUCCACGACGGCAUGGAGGGGUUCAUCAGCGGGAACAUCGUCAAGAUGGAAUGGUCGGACGUAACCGGUUGGGUGGCUCAAGGCGGUGCGUUCCUUGGAACCAAGCGAACUCUCCCCGGGGAUAAGAAAGGCGAAAUCGCCGCACGAAUCAAACAAUUCAAUAUCCAGGGACUACUUAUCAUUGGAGGAUUUGAGGCCUACCAAGCAGGACUUGAACUGUACGAGUCACGCGCUCAGUUCCCAGAAUUCUGUAUUCCUCUAGUAGUCGUUCCAGCCACGAUCAGUAACAACGUGCCCGGAACAGACUUCUCCCUGGGCACUGACACUGCGCUUAAUGAGAUCACCGAGAUCUGCGACCGCAUCCGACAGUCUGCUCAGGGUACUAAGCGUCGUGUGUUUGUUGUUGAGACUAUGGGUGGAUAUUGCGGCUACUUAGCAACUUUGGCAGGGUUAGCCGGAGGUGCCGAUGCUGCCUAUAUUUACGAAGAGAAAUUCUCCAUUAAGGACUUACAACAGGACGUAUAUCAUAUGGCUUCAAAAAUGACAGGAGGUAUCCAGCGAGGGCUUAUCCUUCGUAAUGAGAAAGCCAAUGAAAACUACAACACUGAUUUCAUUUAUCGUUUAUAUUCUGAAGAAGGCAAGGGUCUCUUUACAGCUAGAAUGAAUGUUCUUGGUCAUAUGCAACAAGGUGGCUCCCCGACCCCGUUCGAUAGAAACAUGGGAACUAAAACAGCCGCUAAAUGCUUGCACUGGCUUGUCGAGAGUAUUCGAAAAGGCUCAGCAAAUGGUCCAGAUUCCGCCUGUCUACUUGGUGUCGUCAAGAGACAAUACAAAUUCACACCACUUGAAGAUCUCAAAGCUCAAACGAACUUUGCGCAAAGAAUACCCAAGCAGCAAUGGUGGAUGAAACUUCGUCCUCUCCUGCGUAUUCUAGCCAAGCACGACUCCACAUAUGAAGAAGAGGGCAUGUACAUGACAGUGGAACAAGGAGAGAUUGACUCAGAACAUGUCAUUUAAUUCUAGUCCUUUACUUGUUGCAUUCAUACAACUAUAUUUUAAUGUUGCCAUGCUUAAAUAUAAAAGCUAUUAAAAUAUUAUUGACAACCAUUUUAAGAUAAAUACAUUAUAUUAGUAUUCAAAGAGUAGUUAGUUUACUAAAUUAUUUUUAUUGAGUAGUGAAUAAAAUGUAUUCAUUAUUAGUAUAUAGAUAAACUCUCGUAAGUUAUAUUAUUGUAAUGGGGCUGUGCAAGCUGAUUUUAUAUCUAUAAAUAUUUUGAGAUUAUACUGAUGUUUUAGAGA